GAUCGAGACAUGAAGCGCUAGACGCGGAUAAAGGGACAGAAAGAGACAGAGAGAGAAAAAGAGAAAACUGGUUCUUUGACUCUUCCAGACAACCUCCAAUGAAACCGCAUCUUUUCCCCCAGAGCACCAUCCAGCAACACAGAAAAUGGUUGGGAAGUCCAUGAUUGCUGGUCUGGUGGUCCUUCUGGUGGCUGCGGUGAGCCUGUUUUUGGGGGUCUUCAUGGGCUUAGGGAGGAAAAACUCCCCCCCCCCUUCAGACCACUUCUACCCGAAGGCUGCCGUGGCUGCAGAUGCUGGAAAGUGCUCAGAGGUGGGGAGGGACAUUUUGAAGAGAAACGGCUCGGCUGUGGACGCCUCCAUCGCUGCGCUGUUAUGUGUCGGCCUUCUGAACGCUCACAGUAUGGGCAUCGGGGGAGGGCUGUACUUUAUAAUAUACAAUGCUUCCACGGGAAAGGUGGAAACAAUCGAUGCGAGGGAGACAGCCCCCAUGAACGCCUCUGAGGACAUGUUUGGAAACAACACUAAGCUUUCUCGUACAGGUGGAUUAUCCAUAGCCAUCCCUGGGGAGAUCCGGGGUUAUGAGAUGGCACACAAACGGCACGGCAGGCUUCCCUGGAAGGAGCUGUUUGAGCCCAGCAUCGCCAUGGCUCGGGAGGGGUUUCCCAUCGGGAAGGCUCUGGCUCACGCCCUCCUAAAGAGCAAAGAGUCCAUUCAGGGAGACGCCAACAUGUGUGAGAUAUUUUGUGACUCUGAAAAGAGAAUCCUGAAAGAAAAUGAUAUCGUUAGAUUCCCAAAGCUGGCUGACACAUAUCAGAGGAUAGCGGAGGAGGGGCCUGAUGUGUUUUAUAACGGGACCAUGGCCCAGACCAUCGUGGAGGACAUCCAGGCAGCAGGUGGCAUCAUCACCCUGGAUGACCUCCUGGAGUACCAGCCGGUGCUGAACGAGAACCCUCUGAAGCUGAACGUGGGGGAAUACACCAUCUAUGUUCCAGACGCCCCGUCCAGCGGGCCUGUGCUGGCACUCAUCCUCAACAUAGUGGACGGGUACAACUUCUCAGACACAAGCGUCUCGACAGCGGAGAGAAAAACUCUAACGUACCACCGCAUCGUCGAGGCCUUUCGUUUUGCUUAUGCCAAGAGAAGCAGACUGGGCGACCCACGGUACCUCAACAUUACCGAUCUGAUUCAUAACAUGACCUCAGACUACUUUGCUGACGGAAUCAGGAGUAGAAUUACCGAUGACACCACGCAUCCCGAUAACUACUAUGAGCCUGAGUAUUUUGUUCCGGAAAACCACGGUACAGCUCACCUGUCCGUCAUAGCCGAGGAUGGAAGUGCCGUCGCCGCUACCAGUACCAUUAACCUAUACUUUGGGUCUAAAGUCAUGUCUCGGUCCACUGGGAUCAUUUUCAAUGAUGAAAUGGAUGACUUCAGCUCUCCUUAUAUGACCAAUGGGUUUGGAAUCCCACCAUCACCCAACAACUUCAUACAGCCAGGAAAAAGGCCUCUGUCUUCCAUGUGUCCAACAAUAAUCUUUGAUAAGGACAACCAAGUGAAAAUGGUUGUAGGAGCAUCAGGGGGCACAAAGAUUACCACGGCUACUGCCUUAGUCAUCCUCAACUCACUUUUCUUCAACUACGACCUAAAAAAAGCUGUGAUGGAGCCACGGGUUCACAAUCAGCUCAACCCCAACAUGACGGUAGUGGAGCAAGGCUUUGAGAAGAGCGUCUUGGAGGGGCUGGAACAGAAGAACCAUGUAACUCAGACUCUGGGGACUCCAGACUCUGUGGUCCAGGCUGUGGUCCGGCAGGGAGAACGUCUCUGUGCGGAGUCCGAUCCCCGGAAAGGAGGCUAUCCAGCAGGAUACUGAGCUGAGCCUCCCAUCUGGUUCCUGUUUGCGCCCCCCACCCUCAGUGAACACACUGACAGAGCCACAAUCUGAACAGAAAAACCACCGAGGAAUGAAUUUAUGUUUACACUACAGGGACACCGCCGACACCUCUUCACUUUCACUGAGACACGAGAGACGACUCAAUUUCAUGACCCUUUUUUUUAGCAGAUCUUCUCAUUUAAAUGAUUCUAGUAUUUUAAAGCAAACCUGUGGAGAGUAUAACUCCUGGACACCAAGGAAUUGAUUUAAGCAGAGGAAAAUGGCUCCAACAGGAUCUGUUUUCAAUAAAAUUAUUAUGGGGGUAAUUUGUUCCAUUAAUGCUUCAAGCAAAGAACACGUUUUGUAUACAAAAUUUGAGAAAGCAUAUUAUUUAUAUAGAAUUUUGAAAAAGCAUAAUCCAGAAAUGUAAUUUGUUUUAAUAAGAAAAAAGGGUU